AUGCAUUCUUCUGUCAUAUCAUUACGAAUUUCAUCACUUUUUAUAAUACAUGUACUCUUAAUAAUUUUUUGUUUUUUGCCUUUCAAAUUCAUUUUUGCUGUUGAUUCGCAACAAGGAAUUGACGUCAUACCCAUUUCUUCCAGCAAAGACAUUGCAACAGACGAUUCAAGUCAACAAAACCAGCAAUCAAAUACUAAUAAUCCUCCUCCUCAGUUAACAAAUAGUCAAUCGACGUCUUUACAAGCAGGACAACCACUAGAUCCAGCAAAACUUCCAUCAAUUGAUAGUAUUGCUUAUUUGCCACAAACUCAAAAUAUUCCUCAACCUUCACCAUCACAACUGCCACAAUCACCAUCAUCACCACAAUCGCCGCCGCCAUCAUCCCCAUCAUCGCUGCCAACAUCGUUGUCACCACAACCACCACUACCACCACAAGCACCACAAUCGUCAUCAUUAUCACAGCCAUCACUACCAUCACAAUCAUUAUCAUUACCACAGCCACUACCACAAUCCUCACCAUCACAAUCCUCAUCACAAUCUUCACCACCACAAUCUUCACCACAAUCAUCCCCGUCAACGGACCAAAAAGUAACGCAAAAUCCUUCUCAAUCAGAUCCUCAACAACCAACCUCACCACAAUUACUUUCAUCGUCACAAUCACCACAAACACCAUCCCAAUCAGAUAAUAAUUCACAACCACCAACAACUUCUCCCCCUCCAAAUCCAUCAAAGUCGCCUGACCAUAAUCAAGAAACCCAACCUCUGCCUUCAAGUUCGAAGAAUCAAAAUGAUCAGCUCACUACAAUUGAACCUCCUACCAUCUCCACACCAAUCUCGUCUAAAUUAAUCGCAACCUUCAAAGACCAUUUCUUCUACACCUACCUCUUCCAUCGAGAAUAUUGCAACAAAGAAAGCGAUUUUUAUUCAUGA